AUGGCGUUGGGCAACAUCAGCGCGGAAGCCCACGUCAUGAGCGUGCUGCAAAAGAUCAAGGCUGCCGCGCUCCACGAUGCGCUCCUCGUACUGCCAUUCGCCAUGGUCUCCCCUCUUCACGUUUAUCAACAUCUUUGCCAUGCGCUCCAUGAACAUCCCCUUACCUGCCGCAUCCUCUUCUUCAUGCUCAAGACCCACCACCGCCAGAUUGUCGCCAACAGGACAAUGAGGACGAUGCUCGACGGCAUCCGCGCCAACCUUCGGGCCGCGCUCAAGAGGAACAAGGAUGAGAUGGGAUACAACGUGGCGGCACUCAAGAUUAUGGGUAUGCAAAUACAGGAAAAGAGCGUCAAGGAGUACGUGGACGAAAACUGGGAUGCCGGCGAGGAGAAUGUGAAGAAGAGGGCGUUCAUGCAUAUCGCCUUCUUCAAGACCCUGAUUGACCAAGAGGUCACUGUGGAACUCAAGAAUGACAUUCAAAGCUCCGUAAAGAACGUCUUCAUCCGUGGCUCUGUCGUCCGAUACGUUCACCUCCCCCGCUGCUGUCGACAUACCCCUCCUGGAAGACGCCACAAGGAGAGAGUCUUUGCGACGGUAGGAGAACUUGGCCUCGACUCGACUUGUAGGACCGCCGAGCGUCGCCACGCCAUGCACCUGCCCAGGCUGUAG